CUAACGAGGUACUCCGUCCUCCUCUCUUCACAACUAAAAUGAGUUGCCAGAACAGUAAAACAGAAGAAACGGCCGACGAGCAACACAAUACCAGCAAAGACCCUAAACACAAACCCUUCUUUGACGUUUACGGCCCUCAGGGGAGGGCAGAUAUUGUUUUCAAUCAACCGGAAUCCAAUUCAACUUUGAAUCUUCAAGACGUGCAAGGUCUUGUCACAUGGGUGCUUGCUGAUGGGUUCAUGCCGUCAUGGGCUUUUAUCAAAAACAAGCCUUUGAUCCCUAAAGUGGUUAUGCUGUAUGUUCCUGGCCUUGAUGCCGCUCUAUAUUUGUCACAGUCUAAAGUGCUCAAAGGUUUCAAAGAAUGCUGUGGUAUUCCGAGGCCAGUUUUAGCUCUGAGCUGUGUAUCAGAUGGAAAUCAGACAAUAGAUGCACUCCUUACGUACAAAUCAAAGAGGAAAAGGAAAGAAGCUGAGCACAUUUCACCAAUAAACACCGAGCCUUCUGAACAAGGUGCUGAGACUCCCACUAUGGAGCCUCUAUCUUUUGUUGACCUCAAAAAGGAUAUACCAUUUCCCAUCAGUUAUUACACACUUACGGAUAAGGAACUAGAAGAAAAUGGAUACUGUUAUGACCAACCAGAAUUUCUUUCGACGCUCCCUGCUCCUUCAGGAACAUCUCCACAUGAAAUUUUGGCCCUUGACUGCGAGAUGUGUAUUACAAGGGAAGGCUUUGAGCUUACCAGAGUGACACUAGUGGAUGUUAAAGGACAGGUUCUGCUGGAUAAAUUGGUCAAACCAUCAAACAACAUUGUUGACUACAAUACUAGGUAUAGUGGAAUUACUUGUCAGAUGUUGGAGGAUGUGACUACCACUCUUAAAGAUAUCCAGGAGGAGUUCUUGAAACUGGUUUACAAGGAGACCAUUCUGGUUGGGCAUUCCUUGGAAAAUGAUUUGUUAGCCCUGAAGAUCAUUCAUAAUUUGGUAAUAGAUACUGCUGUGUUGUACAAACAUCCAAGAGGAUCCUACAAAGCUGCUCUUCGCGUUCUGAGCAGAAAAUUUCUCGGCAGGGAGAUACAGGACUCGGGCAAUGGGCAUGACAGCAUUGAAGAUGCAAAAGCUACACUGGAACUAGCACUACUAAAAAUAAAAAAUGGGCCUGAUUUUGGUAUACCUCAAUGUCAACGAUUACUGCGGCAGAAGCUUCUUUCAGUUCUGAGUGACUCUGGCAAAAAAUCCUCAAUCAUUGAUCAUAUAUCCAUAGUGAGGAGAUAUGCUGCUGAAUUGUCCCAUACAAUUCCAGUAUCAUCUGAUGAUGAAGCACUUUCAAAAGCCAACAAAGAGGUCAGAAAUGAUAAAGUACAGUUUAUCUGGACGCAAUUUGCAGAGUUAUAUGCAUAUCUCAGGAAGCAAGCAGAUGACCCGGAGAAGCUAAAUAAAAAGUUGGCAGAAAUGAUAGCAUUGCUGACGUGUGAGAAAAAGUCUACUAGCAGAAGAAAUGUCAAAUAUGAUGUCACCCCUGAACUGAAGGACAUUCUGAGCCACAUGAAUCGUAGAGUCAGGAGCAUUUACUCCAAUCUUCCUCUAAAUGCAAUGCUUAUUAUUUGCACUGGUCAUGGAGACACUGCAAUAGUUCAAAGAGUGAGGAAAAUCUUGUCGGAGCAGACGGAUGCCUCAAUGUCCCGUGAGAAUAUUGUUAAAGUCUUAGAAGAGUUGCAGGCACAAGCUGAAGUUGGUUUGUGCUUUGUAGGUGUCAAACAUUGAUCCCAUCUGUUAUUUUACACUAUAUUCUACGAAUUUUAUCAGGGUAGAAUUGGACUAGGAAGUUGUGCAAUGAAGCAACUUCCUAUGAGGGAAAUUUUUGAAGUAAAGGUAGUUGUAAACUUGUAUAUCAAAGGUGUCUUAUUGCUUUUCAUUGGCUAUGGGGCAGUUACAGUUAAUGAGGAGCUGAACCACUUGUUAUAGUUGUAUGGCCAACUUAUUAUACUUUUCUAUGUUCUUGGCUAUUUGUAGGUUA